AUGGCCGAGCCGGAGCCGGAGCCCAGCCGGGCGGCCCUGCUGGGCUUCCUGCGGGAGCACGGCGGGCAGGUGCGGAGCGCGGAGCUGCGGGGCCGCUUCAAGCCGCUGCUGGAGGCCGGCGAGCCCGGGGAGCGAGCCGCCCGCCGCGAGCGCUUCACGGCGCUGGUGAACAGCGUGGCCGUGGUGAAGGAGCUGGACGGGGCCAAGUUCGUGGUGCUGCGGAAGAAGCUCCGAGCCCAGGCUGGGGGGGAGCCGGGCGAGGGAGCGCAGCCCCCCGAGGCGCCUCCGGAGGGCACUGGGCGGAGCGGGGCAGGGGGGCAGGGGCGCGCCUCCCCCCCGCUGGCAGCCGAGGAGAGCCGGUCCCCGAAGCCUGUGUCCGAGCUGAGGGGGCUGUUCCAGAGCCAGGACGGAGAGACGCCUGGGCCCCCGCCGGGGGUGGCCGGGCCCCCCAGGAGAGAGGCCCCCCAGAAGCCCUGCAUGUUGCCAGUGCGCUGCCCGCAGCCGGCUAGAGAGGCUGAGGAGCUGCCAAGGCAGCAGGAGCAGCUUGAGGACAGAGCCAGGCUGCAAGUGGGGACCCGGCUGGACCUCCCUGAGCUGGCCUCCCCCAGAUCCCCGCACAUGAAGAGGAGGCAGGUGGACGAGGCGGGUGCCAGGUCGCCCCGCCUGCGAAGGGUGUCAAAGACUCAGAAGGUGAGCGAAGAAACCGGCUGCACUGCUGCUGUUCCCCUGGAAUCUCUGGAGCACGAAUGGCUGGUGAAAGCCACCGCCGGCCAGUGGUCCCAGCGGCUUCAUGGCCUCUUGCUGACCGAUGCCAAUCUGGCAGGGAAAAGGGACUUCAUGUCUGGGUUCACAGCUCUGCACUGGGCAGCUAAGAGUGGGAACUGUGACAUGGUGGGGAAGAUCAUUGAGGUGGCCAAGAAAGGUGGCACUGAAAUCGAUGUGAAUGCCAAGUCCUAUGGAGGGUACACUCCCCUCCACAUCGCUGCCAUACAUGGCCAAGAAGAUGUCAUUACCACAUUGGUCAAGACAUACAAUGUCAAGGUUAAUCUGAGAGACUACAGUGGGAAAAAGCCACACCACUACUUAAAGGAAGGGUCCUCUUAUGCCGUCAGGCAUUUGCUGGGUGAUCCCGACCUUCACAACAGUAUCGGACAUGCCUUUCCAAUCAAGAAAAACCCAAAAAUUGCUGCUUCCAUCUUGAGCUCCACCAGCACCUUCCUUGGAGUCUUAUCUGACGACAUGCCCUUCUAUGAUCUAAGCUGGGGUUUGAAGAAGACUUCUUCCUUAAGUAAGCUCCUUAAUGCAUCUGCAGGCUCAAGGAAGAAGCCUAAGACUAGGGGGACUUUCUCAUCUUACUCUUCUCUUGUCGAAGCAGUGGAGGAAGAGCAGGAGGAGGAGGAAGCCACAGUGAAACACAGACCAGCUUCUGAGCUGUUCUUCAGUCACUAGUGUCUGUCUUCUUGAAAUCAAAGUAAUGCAAAUAAUGUAUAGAAGUUUUCUUGGGCCCAGAUCCUCAUGGAUAUUUAGGCUCCUAACUCCCACAGAAAUCAAUGAAUUAGGUGCCUAAAUACCUUUGAGGAUCUAGGCCCUGGUCAUCUUUCACAGAAGCAGUCUGUUUCUCACCCCUCCCUCCAACUCCCCUCUCCAAGCUGUUUAACAGUCAACUAUAUAGGGUCUGAUU